UUAGAGCUGCAGGAUAACGAAGGGUUAACGAGGAUUAAUGUGUGAGGCUGAAGGAAGAUUUAAUGUCAGAGCAACAGAGAAACGAUCAGAAGAGUUAUGACCUGAAAACACACAGUCAGCUGUUUUCUAUCAGACAGUUCAUCUGAACUGAAGCUCAGACAUUUACCCUGUCAUCUGAUCUUUAAAGACUCUUUCUCUGAAGAAUUUACUUUGUUGAUGUACAAUGUUCCUUUAAUCUGACAGGACUCACCUGAGAUCAAUCAGCCAAUCACCUGUGGCUGCCAUCUUUGUUUGGGUCACGUGAUGGGGACAUACCUGGUGAAAAAUCAAACUGUUGCCAUGGCAGCACUCAGCAGUUUGACUGAACUAUCUCAACAAAAUCAAGGUCCAUUUACUCGCUUGUUCUGUGGAGCUUUCAGUGGUAUCUCAUGGUCCUCAUCAGCAGUUCAGAGUCUACAGCUCAAAACACCACCUGCUGAUGAAGACCAUGUGAUAUGACUGAAAGCUCCAGGACAGGUGAGUCAGGAGACCUGACCUGACCGGUGGCUGUAAAAUCUUCAGGUGUUUUAAUAUGAUAACAAGAAAAACAAGUUAAGAUGUUUGUUUGUUUGUUUGUUUGUUGUUGUUGUCAGUGCUGCUGUGCGUGGCAUUGGUGUCGGUCUCGGCCUUCGUGGAGGAGCUGGACGACUCAUUCAUGGAGACGAGAGGAGCCGACGACAUCUGGCUCAUUAAAGUAAGAAAACUUUAUUUAUAAAUGACAGGAGUGUGUAGUGUGUGUUGUAUGAAGGGUGUGUAUUGUGUACUGUUGUGUGACGUUGUUGUGUUGCAGUUCUAUGCCCCCUGGUGUACCUUCUGUAAACAGCUGGAUCCAGUUUGGCAUCAGAUCGGAUCAGAACUGAAGAGUCUUGGUUCUCCAGUCAACGUCGGCAAAUCAGACGCCACCACCAACACCGGUUUGGCAAAAGAGUUCAGGGUCAGAGGUUAUCCAGCCAUCCUCAUGUUGAAGAAAGGUGUGAAAUAUAAUUAUUCAGGACCAAGAACCAAAGAUGGAAUCAUGGACUUCGCUCAUCGAGUGGGAGGGCCGUUGAUUCGAUCUCUCAGCUCUCUGCAGCUUUUCCAACACGCCAUGAACCGCCAUGAUGUCAUGUUUGUUUAUGUUGGAGCCACAUCACAGCUGAAGGGAAACUACGCGUCUGCAGCCGAGGAACUGAUCGUCCACACCUACUUCUUCUCUGCGACCAGAGACGUCCUGCCAAAGGCCGUGGCUCUGCCCUCUCUGCCGGCUGUGGUGGUUUUUAAAGAUGGGACCUACUUCACCUACAAUGAGGAAAGUGACGGUGAACUGAAGUCGUGGAUCAACCGAGAACGUUUCCCAAUGUACUUCAAGAUCGACAGCUACACUCUGUAUGCCAUGGGAGAGUCAGGUAAACUGGUGGUGUUGGCGCUGGUGAAGGAGAAGGACCUGUGUGAGGAAAGUCUGAGGUAUAAAAGUCUGGUGGAGAAAGUGGCCGUGGACCACAGAGAGACCUACAGCAGAAACUUCUACUUUGGCUUCAUGGAGGGCAGCGACUACAUCAACGGACUGGUGAUGGGAGAGGUCAUCGUACCUUCCCUCAUCGUCAUUAAUCUGUCCAAUGAUGGCUACUUCCUGCCACCUGGCGCUGUGGAGACAGAGCGCCACCUGCUGGACUUCCUGAACGGGGUUCUGGACGGCAGCGUCCAGUGUCACGGAGGAAACAGCGCCACCCAGCGCAUUAGACGUUUCAUUUAUGACGCAAAAGUCACGCUGACGCCCGUGUUUAGCCAGGCUCCGCUGCUCGGCUGCUUCCUGGUUGGCUUCCCGUUCACCAUCCUCGCCAUCUUCUGUUACCUCUGCUGUAAAGCCCGAUCCAAUGUGAGCGAUGAUGACACCGACAAUGUCGUACUAUUAGCUUCAUCACAACAACACCGCAAAAAAACGACCAACAAGAAGUCUGACUGAUGAGGAGGACGGAGGAGGACCAGUACGACCAGAAUGACCAGGCUAAUCCAGACCUAUCCAGACCCAGAAAACUUUACUGUCACCUGUGUCUGAGUCUCUGUCAAAAUAAAACUGUUCACACACCCUCA